AUGCUUCACGGCUUCCCAUGGACGGUACCGGACUCGACGGCGAACCGGCAUGUACUAGCUGCGAUCAAGAAACAAGCCUUCAAAAGCUUCCGGGUGGCGCUACGGCAGCUCAACCUCUAUUACGACGGCCGGCAGCACGACAAUAGCUGCCGCAAACUGCAAUGCUGCCAAGGACAUAAGGAAACACUUGAGCACAUCAUGUGGGACUGCCCCUGUGCUCAAGCAAGCUGGCAAAAGCUGAUCAGCCAUUGGACCGGAGAGCAAUGGAGCCUUCAGACGACGGAGAGAUUCCAGGAAGCCUGCGCAAGCAGGAAAGCACCAGCACUGUCGCGAUUCAUCAAGGCCCAACUAGGCCGAGAUCAUCCGGAUGAAGAAACCCAGUAUGUGAAGGAGUGGAAGCGAAUGUGGCGGAUUAUGUGUAGUAUAUGCAUGACCAGCCUCUGGAUACAGCGGAACCGGGUCGUCUUCCAGCAGGAAGAGAUCACAGUAGAUAGGAGCGUGCUUGAAUUCUGGACGAGGAGCCAGCAGCAACUACGAGCCAUAGCCAAACAAGAACGAAGAACACCAGAAACGAUAGAAAUCGGGACAAGACUCCUGUUAUGCCAACGCCAGCUGGAGAAGAUACCCACAGAGAAGUCUCCAAAGGAGACAAGCCCCGUACAACCACCGGACCAGACCCUGGAACCGGCGUUGCUAACCAGGCUUAGGAUCAAACAGACAUCUAGUCGUCGAUAA